AAAACCCUACUCGUGAGGACAAAACACCCCCCCUCCCGGCUGGGCGCCUGGCUUACUUCCUAUUGUCUCUGUCGCUUCACAAUGCUCACUCGCUUCAUCUCCGGCUUCUCUCAUCGCCGUUUACUGUCGCUAGCUUCAUCGAGAAACUUUUGUCUUCCUUCACAGCCCUCGAACCAUUCUCACCUUCCUCCCUUCAAUCCUAAUUACAAUUUCAUUCUCGAAUCCUUUCGAUGUUUCUCGAGCAAUCGAAAGGAUAAUGGAGGUGGCGCCACUAAAGAUUCAUCUACGUCGACUUCAUGGAGAUUCUCGCCGGAUAAUCAUAACGAUGAGGACUCCUUGUUCCGUGACGGUGAGGGAAGUCUCGCUGGAAUCUCGGACGGCGACGCCUACUGCGGCGUUGGAUCGGAGAAGACAACGACCGUCGAAUCCCAAGGAAAUGAUGAAUCUUGGUCGAAGGAUUCGACCGAGAAAGGUGAUAUUUUCUCUGAGAUCGACAAGGAGUUCGGAUCUAAGAAAAGCGACGGAAACGAUGAGUGGGAGACGGCUGAGGGUUAUCGGCCUUGGAGUUUCGUAGAUGAAGACAGGGAUGAGGUUUUCGAUUUAGGGGUAGUUGAGGCACUUCCGAGCAUUGGUGAUGAAGGUUUGGAGAGGAAAAGGAGUGAGGCCGAUAAGCAGCUCGAAAAGGAAGAGCAAGAACUUUUGGGUACACUCAAAGGUCCCAACCGUGCAUUUGGAGACCUUAUUGCAGCAUCAGGAAUAACAGAAGCAAUGCUAGACAGUUUGAUGCUCCUCAAGGAUUUGGAAAAUGUUGAGGGUCUGCCCCCUCUAACAGAAAUAGAGGAUAUACGUUUAGAGAAAAAUGAAAGGAAAUCUACAAGAGCUGAAAUAGAGCGCCAAAAGCAGGAAGAAGUUGCCAAAGCACGAGUGAGGCAGGUUGAUGAGAAGGGUAGGGCUUAUGGAACUGGAAGAAGGAAAUGCAGCAUUGCCCGUGUCUGGAUUGAACCUGGUGAUGGAAAAUUUAUUGUUAAUGACAAGCAGUUUGAUGUCUAUUUCCCGCUCCUUGAUCAUCGUGCAGAUCUUCUUCGACCAUUUUCUGAGACCAAAACAUUGGGUCUUUGGGAUGUCAAGUGCACUGUGAAAGGUGGUGGGGUCUCAGGUCAAGUUGGUGCCAUUCGGCUGGGGAUCGGUAGGGCAUUACAAAACUGGGAACCGGGUUUGCGUCCCUACCUCAGAUCAGCUGGAUUAUUGACGAGAGAUCCACGUGUGGUUGAAAGGAAGAAACCUGGAAAAGCAAAAGCAAGGAAAAGUUUCCAAUGGGUCAAGCGAUGAGUCACAAUGGUUACAAUCUUAUUUUUCUUUACUUUUGUACAACCAGUUUUUUUUAUGGAUAAUUUCUCCUUGCCUUGCAAUAAGUAUUUAUUCUUCUAAUAGUUGUUCGAUUUCGGUAUUUAGUCUCCAAAUCUUCUAACCCUUGUCAUGUGACACUAAAGCACCUAGAGACUAUCCUUUUUUGGCUACUGAGUAAAUCUUUUUGUACUCUAUGGAGGUUGACAAAAGGCAAAGAAAAUUGUCACUCUCUCUCUCUCUCUCGGUCUGGAAUGCUCUUACAUAUGAAAAUCAACUGGAAUUACGUAUUUUUCUACUGAAGUGCCACAUUUAGAUUUUCUUGCUUUAUGUAGAACAGUCGGUCCCCAGUCUCACAUUCGAAGUAAUUGGAUGCGGACCAUAUCUGGAAGAUCAAAGUUAUUUUCUCAAGUGUCUGCCUUUAUUUUAUUUUUCAUUGAUAUGUGAACUGUUGAUACUUUGCUGAACCUUCUUGUUUAAACCGAAAUACUUUAUUUAGGAGGUUGUGCCAUGAAGUUUAAUGUGCUGGUUACGACAUAUGAGUUCAUCAUGUAUGAUCGUUCAAAGUUCUCAAGAGUUGAUUGGAAGUAUAUCAUAAUUGAUGAAGCACAACGUAUGAAGGAUAGAGAAUCGGUUCUAGCACGUGAUCUUGAUAGAUAUCGGUGUCAGCGACACCUACUUCUUACAGGAACUCCAUUACAGGUGUAGCCACUGACUUACAAUACAUAGAAAUCUGUAAAGCAUAGUUAUUUUUUAUCCUUGGUUGAACAUGUGAUGAUUUUGUCUUCAUUCUAAUCGUGGGUAUAUUGUUCAUUUUCCAUUUUUAUCUGUGGUAAUUCAUGAAUGCUGGUAUUUCACAUGGUUCAAGAUUGAAUUGAGAAUUGGGAUUUUAUUA